UUCCAUUUAGAUGUCAAUUUCCUGCUAGUAGGCACAAAAUAGCUUUCAUUUAACAUCACUUUUUAAAUUAAAACUAACGUACAAAUAGUCUUUGACUAAAGUACAUUUUUGUAUAUUUUUUUAGCGAGCCAAACCGCCUUACCCACGCAGUUGUUCUCGAUAGGCAACGAUCAUCAUUAUGUCGCAGGAUCACAUGAAGAAUGCAAUGUUAAAAACAUUAAAAUUUAGUCGGUUGCGUUCGCUUUGCAUCGUUACGGCCGGAGCAACAGCCGUAGUGGCUGGUCUGACCGCAUACAAAAACCGGGACCAGAUGUUCCGCACGUUUGUCAUGCCAGUCGUCCGCCUGCUGCCGGCGGAAACCAGCCAUCAUCUUGCUGUGCUUGCCUGCAAAUACCGCCUGUGUCCGGUGUCUCAGUACCAAGACGACAUUAACCUGCACACACCGUUUUUUGGCCGGUUGCUCAGCAACCCGAUCGGUAUAGCGGCCGGCUUUGACAAGAACGCGGAGGCCGUUAGCGGACUGCGCGACUUGGGAUUCGGCUUUAUCGAGGUUGGGACCGUCACACCUGCGGCCCAGGAGGGUAAUCCUAAGCCCAGGGUUUUUCGUUUAUCCAAUGAUCGAGCCAUCAUUAACCGGUACGGGUUCAACAGCGAGGGACACCAGGCGGUGCUGCAGCGGCUGCGCAUGCUCCGCAACAAGGAGGACUUCAACGGCGUAGUGGGGGUCAAUCUGGGUCGUAACAAAUCCACUAUGAGCCCCAUUGCCGACUAUGUGCAGGGCGUGCGAGUGUUCGGUCCCGUGGCCGAUUACCUUGUUAUUAACGUGAGCAGCCCGAACACUAAAGGACUGCGCGACAUGCAGAGUAAAGGCGUGCUCUUAGAGCUAUUGGAGCAGGUGAACGUUGCGCGGUCGAGUCUGGACAAGAACAAGAAUGUGCCAAUCUUCUUGAAACUCUCGCCAGACCUGUCCAUGGACGACAUGAAGGACAUCGCCUGGGUGAUCAAGCGCAAACAGAGCCAUGUGGAUGGCCUAAUUGUGUCCAACACAACGGUUUCCCGUAUGAACGUUGAAUCCAGCGAACUGGCCUCCCAGGAGGGAGGACUGAGUGGGCCGCCGCUGAAGGCCCGUUCAACAGAGAUGAUCGCCCAGAUGUACGAGCUUACCGGAGGCAAGAUUCCUAUCAUUGGCGUUGGCGGUGUUGCCUCCGGUUACGACGCAUACGAGAAAAUCGAGGCGGGAGCCUCGUACGUCCAGGUUUACACGGCUCUCGUGUACGAGGGACCGAAUCUCGUUGCCGACAUAAAAGCGGAACUCUCGUCGCUGAUCACCCAGCUCGGCCAUAGCAGCGUUCAGGACGUGGUAGGAUCCAACUCCAAGUUCUACUUGCCCAAGAAAUGAGACAACUGCUGUGUGCGUAGCCCCAAAUUCAAAGCGAUGUUUUCAUUCUUUACGUUUUGUGUACUACUUAGCAGUUUCCAACCUGGACUUAAAAUAAAUCUAGUUCACGUA